AUGGAUCUUAAUAAUCUCGAUGCACGUUAUAUGAGACCAUUGCAACUUUUCCAAAAGCUGAAGGUUGAACAAGGGUCUUUUGAUUUCGAUGCAUUUUAUGAGAGGUUAGCUCCAAUUUUUCCCAAAAAGCCACAACAGUCAUCCAAUAAAGUCUCCUCUCAGGCCUGGGAUACGAAAGACUUUUAUUAUCCUUUGGCAGCAAAGGCAGCUACUAUUAGUGUCUUGAAUUUUGGAGCAUCAAACUUUGGUUUCGAUGCAUUCUAUAAGAAGCUACACAAACAAGACUCUUAUCAGAGUGGAGACUACCGGAUUAAGCAUGGGAAUUAUCGGAUGACAAGGUCAUAUAGAAACGUCCAACCAAUUGUGGCAAAAGCAUCCAACAGAGAAUAUAAAUAUUGCAUGCCAAAAGUUAUGACAACGAUUGCAACAACUGCCAUUGCAGCUAGCCUGAAAAAUCAACCAAUGCUCCGAGAGAUACUAAUGAGGGUGGCAAUGUCAAUGGCAUCCGACAUUAAUUACGAGUGUUUGUCAGCAGUUAUGAGAGUCAUUGCACAAAACCUGAUAAGUCAACCCAAGCUCCAAAAGAUACUCAUACUGACCAUGGCUGUUAAUUUCCCAAUAGGUAUGUUUCGAGAACACAUCAAUCGCUUACCUACUUCGCUGUCACUUGUUGUUGUAGCCCUUCCAUAUAUAUCCAUCACCGCUAAUGCUAUUCUGAUGCCAAAAACCAUCGUGACAUAUACACUUGUCGCCACCAUUUUGGGACUAUGUCUUGGAGCUAUGACUGAGAAGCAGCGCCUAAAAUCCAUUGCCGCCGUCUAUCCGCCUUCGCCACAAUAUUGGUAUUACAAAUAUUAA